UACAAACUUGUUGGUUAAAUAAUAAAUAAGUUACCACGGCGGGUCCUCCAGACUAUUCCGUGGUUACCUCGCGGUGUGCUGGCACGUCUCAUUGUCUCACCAAGAUGGCGAAGGAAAUUGUCGUUGUGUUCCUGGCUGUCGCCUUUUCGGCAGUACAAGCAGAAAUAAUCUACCCGUGCCCUCGGCUAUCACACCAGUGUAUCAGCAAGGUGCUAGCUUCGAACUCCGGCUGCGACACAAACGUGAUGGGCUUCAUCGCCAACCAGUACAACGUCUCCGAGUUCCACUUCGAGACUGCAUACUUCAACUGCUCGUAUAUAGACAGGGGUCUGAUCGUCAGGAACCAUGACAAGUGUAGAAUUUCGAGGUUUUUCUACAACACGGUAACGAAGGUCGCGGUGCUGGGUAUGACAUGCCGGAACCUGGAGCUGGAGUCCGACCGAGUGCUCAUCCAGCACCGGACCUUCCAGGAAGACACUUCCUACAACUACCACAUACACGCUACUUACCCGUUGAUCCACAUCACGGUGAACCUGCCCAAGAGCACCAACAUGGACCUGUGCACCUCGCACGCGUUCACCGACGUCGUCACGCUGCCCAUCAUGCACAUCGAUCCUAAAGACAGACCAACAGAAAAGUUUUUGACUCGCGACCUGACGGCGCUGAAUAUAUUCGAAAGAGAAGCAUUCUACUACACAGGAGACCUCCUCGCCAAAGUAUACAUCGACGCCACCACUUGUUACUACAACUGCAAACAGCCAUUACAUCAUUCCACCGCCGUUUGAAACUACAUUUGUAAUCAAGUACCACAUAGCACAUCUUAUUACAAUAUCCACCCCUUAGAAUGAAAGUGACCGAAUCCAAAAACUGCAAGUUGUGGGAAAUGAGCCAGAAAGUCUUAAAAAAUUAUAGUAUUGAAUACAUUUUAGUAUCUCUUCCGUAUUCCAUGACAUACGAUUGAUUUUUACUAGAUUUAUGGAUUAGUUCUUUGGUUGUAGAAGUAUAUUUUAUAACGCGAGUUUAUUAGAAAAUCGAAUGUAACAGAAAUUUUAAGUUGUGACUUACUUUCAUUCUAAGGGUGCGAUAUGAUAAAUGGGAUUGUAAGUUUGUUUGUUACUCCUUCACGUCAAAACGACUGAAAGGAUUGAGAUGAUACCUAUUUCGAACAGGGUUAGAUUACAGUAUAGAAAAACACAAAGGCUACUUUUUAUUUAACGGGAACGUGAGUGAAGCCCCUGGCAGAAGCAAGUAUUAUAUUUUUUCUUGAUGGUUGAUGUGUUUUUAAACUUCUAUCUGUUGUUGACAAAUCUACUACUUAACAUUUAGAUUGUUGUAAUGGGGUGUAACUUUAGAUUAAAAUAAAGUUCAGAAUAGUAGCUAAAAUUAUUAUUAUGUAGGUAUACGUAAGUCUUAAAUUGAAGUAAUAAAACUAUAUUAAUUUAUAUUUUCACUUACUCAAAACAAAUACUUACACAAAUU